CAACUUGUAUACCCGCUCUCCGUCUCCCCGACACCCUUCAAGUCUCCCCCAGCACCCUCUAGUGGAGCCUCCGCUCGUUGCAGGCUACUUGUAACCUCUCGCGAACAGCGGACACCAGAUGGUCGCUGGUGCGAAUCGCUCCGCCCCGUUUCAUCAAUUGCUUGAUUGCAUGACAUGAUGGGCCCGAGUGCCCACGUCCUGAUCUGCCACCUGGGUGGGCCGCACGUUCAGUGCCCUUGAAUAGCACGUUGCGGGUUGCGGUUGACAGUCAUCAUCCUGAAUUCUGAGGUUGCUUGUUCUCUGCUUCCUUCAUCUUUCGGCGCCUGCUAGCGCGUCAUUUCCUUCACCCAUCCCUCGUUGAACAGCAACGCUCGCUACAACAAUGGUUGCAUUCAUGGCCGCACUCGCUGCUCUUGCGCUUCCUUCCGUGGCCUCUGCGCUUACCCUGGACGCGAGCAAGUGCUACACCCUCUCCCGCGACGGCAACCAGUACCUCGACUCUACGGACAGCGUCCUGAAGAUCCAACAGCACGACGAGGACCUUUCCACCGGCGACGAUAAGGGCGUCCGCUUCCACUUCCCUACCCUCGAAAACGGAUGGGUGGCCCACAACGACCACUUCGUCGGCACUGGCAUCCCGAGCACCGAUUGGAGCACGAACGACUCCGAAGGCAGCACCGUCGCGCUCGCCACCGUUCACGUCGCGGGCGAGAAGGUUUACCUGAACUCGGGCCCCAGGCGAUACAUUGGGAAGGAUGCGGAGGUCGCUACGGAGGAGUUCGACUGGGAUGUCAAGGAGAUCAACUGCCUUGUCAACAAGUCAUAAGGAGGAAGAGGAUACGAUGAGCAUUAUUUAUGACCAUAUCUAUUGGUGUUUGAAACCACUGGCGUGGCGCUGUGGACCUGGGGUGCGCACAUAGGCGAGUCGGACUGGCAAGGCAAAAUUCUCGUAAAGGUCGUCUCUUCACUGUCUACGGUUCUAUACUUCU